UCUAGUCUGUAAAAUAAUUCAUGGAGACUUUCAAGGAAAAGACGGAGAACGCAUUUUGACAGUCGGUAAUGUCUAAACUAUAUUUUAUAUAUAUAUAUGUUAUACUGAAAAAAAAUUACUCCGUCACACUCCGUCAUUUGCCGUCAUUUAAGUUUUGUCUUGGUCUCGAUUUUAUUGUCUAAAUGUCUACAUUUUCUAGUAAUUGUAUAUUAAUUGUCAACAAUUUUUAUCAGUUUUUUUUUAAUUUCAAUUUUAAUUAAUAAAUAUUAUUCAUGAAGUGCGCGCAAGUAGCAUUUAUUAUUGACAAAUGACAAGGCUAAAGUUCGAUACAGUUCGAUAGAGAAAAAAAAAAAAAACAUAAAUACAUUACUUUUGUACUAUUUUGAUCAAAAAAAAAAUAUAUUUAAACAAUAUAUAUUAAACAAAUUAAAAUUUGAGUAAUCAGUAAAAUUUUAUUGUUAAAUGUUAAAUUAACCAAGAGAUAUUAUUUUAGUUAUUGUGUUGUUUUAAAAUUAAAAUUUUAAGGUUAAGUAUUAACCAUUUUUUUAAUAUAUAAAAAAAAAAAAACUUGAUAAAGAUUUUAUUAUAAAAUUGACAUAUGGAAGAACAAAAUUUAUCUUCAAUAAUAAAUGUAAAAAAUAUAUUAAAAAUUAAAAACCAAGCUUGUAAUAAUAAUAAUUCAUCAACUAAUUUAAUUUGUGAUAUUGAUUUGAAGAAAAAAAAAAUAACAAAUGAUACAACAGAAAUUUGUCAAAUUAAAAUGCAGUCAGAUAAUAUUGAUGUUGAUGUUAAUGACAUUAAUGACGUUGAUAAUAUUGAUGAUAUUGAUGAACAAAUAGAGGAAAAAAAAUUAUUAACAAUUGAUGUACUUAAUUAUGAUUGUCUUGCAAAUGUAUUAUCAUAUUUAUCAAUUGGUGAAAGACUCAAUGCUGAAAAAGUAUGCAUUAAAUGGAAAGAUGCUAUUGAUCAACUUGGCUGGCAUGACGUAACAAUAUUAAAUUGUUUUGAUUAUGAUUUUGUACGUAAAAAUUUUGGUAAACGUUUUAUGUUACAAUCAGAUUUAAUACAAGUAUUAUUAAAAUGUGGUAAAUAUUUAACACAUUUAUCAAUUGUACCAAAAUAUAAUUCUGAAAUAAUGUCAUAUAUAAGUGAACAUUGUGUUAAUUUAACAAAACUUGAACUUUAUUUUAAUGUUUAUUAUGAUGAACAUUUUAUAAAUGCAUUUUCAAAAAUGGAUAAACUAAAAUAUAUAAAAAUUAAAAAUUAUAUUAGACAACGUAUAUCUGGUAUAACAAAUGACAAUGGAUUAUUAAUUAGUUUACCAUUUGAUAUUGAAGAAAUAACAUUUUCAACACCAUCACUACGUCAUUCAGCUUUAGCAAAAGUUUUUGCUAGUUCACUUGAAAAGUUUACGGCACUUAAAUCAUUGACUUUAUCACAUUGGAGUCUUGAAGAACAAGUUAUUAAAGUUAUUGGACGUAAAACAACAUUAAAAUAUCUUGAUAUAUCAAAUUGUGAAGUUAUUGAUGCUGAAUCAUUAUCAAGUUUAAAUAAUUUAGAAUAUUUAGAUGUCAGUGAUGUACAAAAUAUUGAUGAUGAUUUAUUAAGAAAUAUCAUAAAUAAUUGCAAAUCUAUAAAACAUAUUAAUAUCAGUAAUUGUAUUGAUAUUACAAAAUAUUCACUAAAUCAUUUGGGUACAUCUGAGAGUCUUAAAGAAUUAUUAAUAAAUGGUAUUCUUAAUUUUGAUGAUAGUAUUAUUAAUCGUUUACAUGAUAUUAAAAUAUUAGAAUGUCGUAGUUGUAUUGAUAUAACUGAUACUGGUAUUAUUGGAAUAUUAAAUAAUUCACCAAAUAUUGAACGUCUUGAUAUAUCUGAUACUGGUACAACAAUAUUAUCAUUAAAAACAGCAGCUGAUAUAACUAAAAAUCGUAUUAAUAAUAAUAAUAAAAAAUUAUAUAUUAUUGCAAGAGAUGAACUUAUUGAAAAAUAUGAUGAUAUUAAUAAUAUUGGAAAAUUUUUAGUUAUUGAAGAGUGCAAAAAAAAGAAAAAAAUUAUUACUGAUAAUCGUAGAAAUCAUGUUAAUUAUAAUAUUCAAUAUAGACGUGGUAGAAGAGUUUUUUUUUUUAAUAUCCAUUAAUUUAUAAUAAAUAAAAAAUUUUGUUUUAUGUAUUUUUAAUUUUACAUAAUUCAAUAUUAAUUUGUAAUAAUGGAAAAAAAAUAAUAAUCACUAUAUGCAACAAAAA